AAAGACGAUGCCUUUUAUGGAUAUGUCUAUCUUGCCCACAACAUGAGCGCUUUCUUGUUCCCCUCUUACCUUGGAAGCCUGAUUACUACUAGCGUCACCUUUAGUCUUCAACAUCAUGCCUUCAUUUUCUGUGGGCGAUCUCAAGGAUCGCGCUACGAAGAUGAAAGAUGCUUCCGUAACCAAGGUCAAAGACACUCGGGACCGGUACUCGAGUACAUCCAGCAAGAAUUUGGACUGGGAUCCAAAUCAUAAACCCUCUCCACCACCACCUAUGUCUAGAUCUGCCUCAGUUGCGACCUAUGGACGAACAUCCAAUGCCUACUCUCCACCACCCCCACCCCAACGUCAGGGCGGUCCUCCGCCCAUUAUACGCAGAGAUACCCGUCCAGACCAUACUCCUUCUCCUCAUUCUGCACCGUCACCUCCUCUGCGAACUUUAUCGUCUGCUAGUCAUUCCGCGCCUUCGGCCGGGAUCGAUUGGUCGAAUCUGUCUCGUCAAGAUAAGGAGACAUUGUUCAGCUGGUUAGACGAGUACUUUGCACAGCGGUUCAAUGUCUCUCCUCAAUCCACGGCGUCUUAUAUUUCGCAGCCUGCGGCGAAGCCAGCAACUGCACCCAGGCCUGUGAGCAACAUCCGGUGAUUGUGCUGCAUAUGGCCAGAUCCCUGGCGCCUUCUGUUUCUCCAACUUCGAACGAAUCAUUUACGACAUCCUAUCCUCCACCUACACAACAUGGCUCUCAGGCCCUCGAUCUCGCAUACUACUUCCACACUUCAACACAGUGGGAUUCAGCAUGGUACACCUUUGACCAUCCCCUUCCACCUCCAAUCCAAGAGCACAGACCACCCAUUUUUCAAUACGCAUGGGAAUUUCAAGGUCCAUACAAAUCGCUCUUCGGCGUUGGACUCUUUGAAGAUCUUUCUGUUUGUUGGUACACCGUCAAGUGGAACUCAUCCAUUAAUUCAAAUCCAAAUGAUACUCGUGAUGUGCAACGAUCCGCACAAUACCUACCUCGACCCAAAGUGAUGGACAAAGCCGCAUUAUUAGAAGCGCACGAGACAUAUGGCGAGACUGUUGCUGGGUUUGCGGAGAGCUUUGAAGGGACGGGACAGUAUUGUGCAUCUGGAGAGUGUUGGGACUUGGCAAACGAGGGAUUAAAGUAUUUCGAUCAAUUCGACUACGUUCCCAAGCCAUUACCAAGUACUUCGCGAACUCAUGGUCAUCUUAUCUUCGAGGGCAAGGCCACUGGACCCGGACUAACCAAUCAGAUUGGCAGGUGGAGAGGUGGAGAUGACCGUGUCCGACGAGGCGAUGUUGUGCAAUGGGUCACUGCCAGACUUGGCAUGCCUAACGGUGGUGAGGCGAUCAUGGGUGCACCCGACCAUACCGCCGUCAUCGUCAGCGACUCGAUUCCAAGCGUCUCAGUGUCGGAUGGUGCGAUUGUGAAACCGGGUUCAAUUGGCGUUUUGGAGGUCGUCGAGCAAAGUCGAGGUACACCACCAAAGAGGGAGAAAUAUGAUUUGAAUAAGUUGAAAGUGGGCGAGCUUUGGAUAUACCGCCCGGUAGGGAUGACCGAUUACUUAGGGACGACGAUUGAAGCUAAGUGCCCUGAUCGUGUAAAUGCGUUGUUCAUCUGAAUCGCUCCAUCGUUUUCUUGCACACUCAUGUAGCCGUAUAUCUAAGUCACUCCGGAGUAUACCGUUGAUACGCGUGAUAAUUGGAAAACGUUCGAACAAAAACAUUCAGAUGUUGGACAGACGAGUAAGACGCAAUGCGAUUGUAGAAGGUACUGCAUUAGUUGAUAGCCAUCACCUUCAUCGGGAACUCUGCGUGGUUCGAGGUGCCCCCAAUCGUAGGAUAUCUGAUUCCAGCCAUGUUCCAAAUCACCUCCUUUGCGCAGUCAGGCAUAGAGAAUUUGAAGGAUUCCAGCAGGACGGAGAGGACAACCUCUGUACAAAACG